CCUAUUGAGCAGAUGGUUCGCAUGGGUGGAAAGUACACAUCACAGACAAAGUCUAUGGCCCUUCAACAUCAGCGAAGCCCAACUCGCUUCACUGGCGAUGACCAUUCGGUCAUUAACCAGUGUACAAGUGAAAUUGAACGGCUAUCGAAAAUCUUGGAACGUUCCUUCUUGAAAAAUCUGCAGUCGGAUAUCCCGAUUGAAGACUAGAUGCGCUAUCUGGAACACAGCCAGCCAGCCUUCCACAAGGCUUUUCAAAUUCCACCUUCAGAGGACGGAAUGAUGAUUGCAGAUGAAAAGGGACGUGCAGUUGAUGAAUAUUAUCUUUUUUGCCAGUGGAAAAGGGCUAUGAUGCAGGAAAUACGCCAAAGCCAUCUUUCCAAGUGGGAAGACAGAGCAAGGAGGGUGGCUAAUGUAAUACUUUGUCGCCAGAUCCUCCGCUAUAACGAUCUAAUCAAUCAAUUGACCCAUAAGUUUCGAGUGUGGGAUGCCGCGGUCCUCCAAAACAAGCAGAUCAUUGACUGUACGACUAUGGCUGCCGCCAAAUAUGGCCUCGAUCUACAAGCAGCCGCUUCUGAUGUCGUGCUCGUGGAAGAAGCCGGAGAGGUUCUUGAGAGCCAUAUCGUGACGGCCUUAGGAAAGGCAGCCAACCAGCUUAUCCUAAUCGGCGAUCACAAGCAACUUCGUCCCAAGGUGAAUAAUUAUGAUCUCACAGUGGAAAAAGGCGAAGUCUACGACCUCAACCGGUCUUUGUUUGAACGCCUUGUUCUAAAGGGGUACCCACAUCAGACGCUCCAUACUCAGCAUCGCAUGCGCCCUGAGAUUUCGGCUCUUGUUCGCCAUUUGACAUACCCCAAUCUUCGUGAUGCUCCCAAAACCCAGAACCGUUCUCCUGUACGUGGCCUCCGUGAUAACAUCGUUUUCAUCAACCACCGUCACCUUGAAGAUGGUAGUCUGCAGAUCAUGGAUUGUCGUGACCUGGGCUCCACAUCUUCGAAGCAGAAUCUGUUCGAGGGCAGGAUGGUACUGAAGAUCGUCAAGUAUCUCGUUCAGCAAGGAUAUGAUUCCAGCCAAAUGGUUGUGUUGACUCCGUAUCUUGUUCAGCUUCAUAAGCUUCAGAGAGGGCUCAAGAAUGAAGUGGACCCUGUCUUGAAUGACAUUGAUUCAUAUGGACUCGUACGAGCCGAUCUUCUCACGCUCGAAGAGGCACAAUCACGCAAGCGAUCCCGUCUUCGACUUGCAACCAUCGACAAUUAUCAAGGCGAGGAGUGCGACGCGUCAUUGUAUCAUUAACUCGAAGUAACGUUGAUCGUGACGUUGGUUUUAUGUUCGCCCCCGAACAGGCACGAAAAGGAAGAGCACUUGGCAACAACUCUUCACCGUGUUGAGAGACCGAGGCCAUAUCUACGAUGGACUGCCGGUCAAGUGUGAACAAGCAU